AUGUUUCUGAACGGACGACUGACACCAAAAUUAGCUGUGCUUCUGUGCUUGAUAGGACUGAUAUUAGAGUCGAUAUUUAUCAAGCACAUAACUGGUUUGGCAGAUAGAAGGAUUCUUUCCAAUAUUUACAAUUCCAGAAUUCGAAGCCAGAGCAUGUUGAGUAUUCAAAAAGAUAAAAAUCAUGAGGUCGAUUGCCGUGAUGACGGUUAUGUUGCUGGAGUUUACUACUCAAACUGGUCACCGUAUCCACCCAGAAAUCAUUUCCCGCACGAUAUUGACUUUCGGCAGAUUUCGCAUGUUUUUUAUUCGUUUUUCGUAGUGGACCCGCACUCAGGACAGUGCACCACAAGUGACGAGUAUUCUGACACUCAAUUGGACGUUUUCAAACAAAUGGAACAUACCUUCCACAAAUUGAAUCUUGGAAAUUCCAGCAAAGGCCAUUUGAACGAUAGUACAAGCAGGAAUUCGUUGCCCAUGGGUUGCUUGGGAGAACUAUUCUAUUUGAAAUACACCGAUUUUUUGAUAGCCAAAGGCGGUCCUUCAGGUGUCAACAAUUUCAAAACUAUAAUGUCUGUUGGCGGGUGGUCUAAUAGAGAAGCUUUCAAAGCUCUUGUUGCAGAUUCUGCGAAGCUGCAAACUUUUGUGGAUACUUGCGUUGAAAACAUGUUCAAGUUCGGUUUUGACGGUAUCGAUAUCGACUGGGAAUUCCCAGAAAACGACUCGCGAGAGCCGGCUGUUUUUUUGGAUUUAUUGAAAGCAUUGCGAACCAAGCUAAUUGACCUCGAGAAUGCUAUCUUUGGGUCUGAUGAUUCGCAUCAACAUUUUCUGUUGACUGCUGCUAUUUCAGCCGAUCCGUCAAUCUUAGAAUAUCUACCUCUCUCUCAGGCCAAUUCGUAUUUGGAUUACUUCAACUUGAUGGCCUACGAUUUUAGCGGAAGCUGGUCCGAGCAAACUGCAUAUCAAAGCAACCUCUACAAUUCUCAAGGGUCUCUUCAUCCCAGAGAUGGACUAACUACGAGCACUGGUCUUAGUGCGGACAAGACUAUCCAAAUGUUGACUCUCCAAUGCAAAGUACCCGCGAGUAAAAUUGUACUGGGAAUGCCAGCUUACGGUAGAGGAUUCAAGAAAGUCUCUUACCGAGACAGAAGCAGUACACUUGCUGUCAAUAGAACAUUCCACGGUGUUCAGGGCACAUCUAAGGGAGAAGAAGGAAUCUCACUCUACAAGUCUCUACCUGGUAAAGGAAAUCAAGAACUCUUCGAUGACAAUGCGGUAUCUGCAUUCUGCAUAAACUCCAAGCCUUUCAAAAAGUCUACCGAUCUAACGGUUUAUGAUAACCCUGCGUCAAUGCAGAAGAAAGCACAGUACGUCAAACAAAACAAACUGGCCGGGGGGUUUUGGUGGGAGUCUUGUGGCGAAAAUUACGCAGACCCAGAACGCUCACUAACAUUGCGCUUUAUCCAAGAGCUGAAGAGUAUCAAAAAGACAGAACCCACAAUUUACAAAGCGCCUCAAGUGGCCCACUACUAUAAUCUCCAUUUCAAAGAAGAAUUCCUGUCUUCAAUCCUACAGAAAUGA